AUGGUGGCGAAGGCGGCCGAGUUGAUAGCGAGCGCUGCACCUCCACGCCGGAAGCUCCGUGGCCACAAUGAGCGGGCCGCGCAGGUUCUCGCACAGGAGCACUCAAAGCUACUUUUGCUGGUGGGGCGCCGCGCUAACGUGGAGGCGGACAUUGAGGACUUGCUGGAACUGGCCGACGCCGCGAGGGAGAAGGUGCGGCAGGAGCGACUGAACCUGCUGUCAAUGCCGACGACUCGGGCUACAAGCGAUGUGGCGGCAGCGCCCUUAGGGGAUGGCACAAACUCACGUCACCAAGACAGAGGCGGUGGGCAUGGCGUGGACAGAGGGACCUCGGCGUCUUCUCUUGACCUGGCCGCGGUGCGGUAUCAGCUGCGCAGGCUGAGCAACGACCUCCUGCGCAACGGCGUCACCGAGCUUGACGCCACACAACUGCGUCAGCUCGUGCAGGAGUUGGAGGAUCAUCUGUACUUGGUGGAGGAGGCUCUCGAGGAGGAGGCGGGUAAUGUGGAAGCGAUAGACCCAGAGGUACAGUCGCUCGUUAUGACAGCAGGAACCGCCGCCGCCGCCGCAGUGCCACCUCCAGACCGAUCACUGCGGCAGCGACUGCAGCACGCGAAAAGGGAGCAGGAAGACCUGCUGGAAGUGUCGUCGAACUUGGCGCACAUGAAGUGGCUCAUGGAGAGCAUCGACACAGAGCUUCUGACAGACAUGCCGCAGUCCCAGCCAGCAGGGACACACGAGACCCGGGCAACCGGGGCAGGGGCAGAGGUCGGGAAGGAGGCGCGCGGUGUGAGUUCGUGGACAGCGGAUGAGGAGACAGCCGCUGCGUUCGUACACCACACAGUUUGCCAGUCCAUCUCUGAGGGAGCUUUAAGUCGUUUGUCGCCCACUUCUAUGACCACCGCCACAGCACGAGAGUGGGACAAAGCGGAGCUGGACCCUCACGAAUGCCACAGCGUUUCCCUCGAAGCCACGAUCAGCGAACCUAGCAUGGUGCCUUUCUCCCUCACCGAUCUUACCGCUAACGGCAGGGUGAACUGUAUAAGUAUGGCAACCCCGAUGCCGGCUUUCAGUGUGAAGCGGCGGUCACGGAUAGGCCCGAAAGACACAAGCGCCGCCUCACCCACGCCCACUGCUCACUCGCACCAACUAAAUUUGCUCACCUUCAUGUCGGAGGUGCUCGCCCAGUACGAGCUGGAACAGGUGGAUGCGGGAAGGCUGCUGAAAAUGCGACCGCUUUCGGCGCCGUCGAUGCGACUCCAUCACCAACAAGCGUCGUCAGUCGCGGAGCGUGACCGGCAACAGGAGCUCGACGGGGCUGAGGAUGUGGAGGAGGACCUCGGCGAAACAGUUUUGCAGUCGAUUGGGAUGUCCGAGGAGGAUGGCCGGAAUCGGCGCAGUGCUGGAGUCAGUGCAUCAGGGGCGCAGCGGCCUCCCUCGAGCAUGUCAGGUGCAAUCCCCACCGCCGGUGGCCGCUUGCAGCCUUCAUCGGCAGACAACCUGUCUGAGGAGCUCCACCACUCUUCUAGUGCAACGCGUCACGGGAAGCGUCAGGCUAGCAGCAAUACUAGCCGUGCUAAGAAGGUACUGUUGCGCGCACAGCUGCGUGACCUGCGCUCUGGGCUGCUGCACGAUCUACAUGAGCUGUGCUCGCUGCACAACUAUGUGCACCUUAUCGAAACCCGCCGGCGCGAGCUGACCGAGGGUAUUGGCAAGGGCGAUGCUGAGUACGCGGCCGAGGUCGAGCAGAAGUUGGCUGGACAUCGACUCCAGCUCGAGGCUGCAAAGCGCGCGCGCGAGGAGGCUGCGCGGUGCAAAGGGGAGGCGGCAGCGCUGACGCAGGUGUGGGGGCAAGAUGACAUCAAGUCUCGAACAGGUAGCGGCAAGAGGCCCGGCGCUUCCGCCGGUUCACAGCGGACGGUUGCUUCCGAGGAUGGCCAAUACAAGCGGCCCAUCAGUGCUGCAACUUUACAGCCAACGGCGCCAAGCGGCGGUACGCGCCAGGCUGGCGAGACGGCUCCGACAGCCACGGUUCUGCAUGACGCAGCUACGCAGAGCAAGCUGGCUGCGGAGGAGGCGGUGACAGCGUCAGUGGAGACGGAGCUGCUGCGUGAAUACCUCGUGGACAAGGGCAUUGUCUUCACCGUUGUUGGAGUGGCAAGGAGGCGGCGCAACUCUGCUGCGGCAGGGUCCGUCACUACAGCGGCUGGGGCGGACACCGGUGCUGCAGCGACACAUCGCAAGACGAGGAGGGGUGACCACUAUGUAACUCUCGGUGGGGCUAGUGGGCCUGAUGGCUUCCUCUACUAUGAGCUUCGCGUGGAGAAGCCUCUGUCAAUCACUCCAUUAGUAAUCCCAGGUGCCGACGGUGCCACAAGUGACCCCACUCCUGCACCUGCCUCCGCCAAGCCCGUAGCCGCUAUGGUGCAGGUUUCUGCACGUCGACUGAUGAACCUGAGGAUGACUGUGGAAGCUGGAGUAACAGUGGAGGAAGUGGUGACAGGGAAUCUUGUGACUAGGAGCGUCACUCCCGGCGCUCCACCUCAGCUGCUGCUUACGCUUACGCCCGUGAAGCCGUACAAAGCCGUCUCCUACGCACAUGCCUUCAGCUUCAGCGCCGCGGACGCUUUCGGUGGCGUAGGGCAGCACCAGCGGCCAUCUCACGACAUGUGGGAGGGGGACUCGGUAGCCUCUGCCCUCUUUGUGCUUCCCGAUGGCGACUACCGUCGCCGCGACGAGGCGCGCAGCUCGUCACUGGACAGUCACAAUGUUCGACCUGCCAAGCCGACACCUAUCACGACGGGCUCUGCAGCGCAUGACAGCAGCAGCGCUUCCGUACUGUCGAAGAAAGGCGUGGCGGGCAAGAAGGGCCUCAAUGCACGUACAAAGACAGCGCCACUGAAGGGGUCAGGCGGCUCAUCGAAGAGCCCUGGAAGACAAAGCCUUGAAAGGACCCACACUCUAAAUUUAUCCACACGAGCUGCAAUGGCGGACGUCAAGAGAGUGAAGAGGAGGGCGAGGCAAGGCACGUCCGGAUCGCUGGCGUCUCUUGCUGGAGCGGGGUCCACCGAUGUGGCUGCCACUGCGCUCGCCGCUACCACACCAAUCAAUACUACUGGCGCUUCAAACGCGACUUUGCUCGACACUGCGGCGGUGGCGGUGCGGUCGUCGUGCUCCGCUUUCAAAGCGAGUCAGCCGUCACUGGCGACUCCGAUGCAGCUGCCUUGCAGUCCACCUCUUUCCUUUGUGCCACGGCCCAUUGACGAAUGGGGAGUGCCACAUGCACACGCUGAGAUGGAGGCAGUUGAGAGAAAUGCGGUGGUGCUGACGGUGCUGCAGGCCGACGGUGUCGCCGCGGCGCAGAAGAGCGAACGUGGCGGGGCCGGUACAUCUGCCGUAGAGCAGCUUCUAGCGGCUAUACCCGAUAGCGCGAUUCUCAGCUUAGGGGAGGGGUGGCCAUCGUCUGGUGCUGCGGCGCUUUCCAGUGAAGGGGCUGAGGCGCGGGAAAUGGCGGCGAGUCCGGGCACGACGGAUGCCGGCGCUUCUUCCGCGGUGGACGCAAUGGCGACGGAGAUCCUGUGCCAGACGAUGAUGGAUGGGGCCGACGACGAAGGCGGUGCAGCCAGGGGCAGCGCGUAUGCGAAGGGAGGCUCUGCGAGCUCUGGCGGCUUCAGAGAUGGUGUGGGUGAGGAGGGAUCCACUGACCCUGCGCGGCUAUCGACCGAGGCGGAAAUGGCGGGAGUGCACUUGUGUGACUCGUCGGCGUCCGUAGACGGGGAGCAUCGGAGCAGCACUUCUCGCACUGGUAGCCAUGAGAUUGACAGACAUGUUCUACCUCUCUUCCUCGCCACUGACUUGGACGCCUCCCAACUAUUGUCAUCAUCCAAGCAGCACCAAGAGAAGCAUGGCGAAGUUGAGCAAGCCACCACCGGGCGAGUCUCAGAUGAGCGAUACAUGCUGGGGGCCUCUGCAUCCAGAUCGUUCCUUGUCUCCAAGUCCACGCAACCGCCAGUGGCGAAGCCGGAGACGAUGCUGAAGCCGUUGCUCACCCCCUUGCAACCAGGUCCCCUUCCCGUUCAGGGGGUGGCGAACGACGGCAGUGCAGCUGACAGGUCGACUACGCCACCACUGCCCGCCUCGAAGCCACACCCGCCACAUACAACACCUCGUAAAGAAAAGCCCUACCACAGGUUUGCCACUAAGUCGUCAGCUGCCUGCGCACCAUUACUACGGCCGCCGCAAAGCGAGCCGUGCUGCGGCGAGGCAGAACUAGUGAUGCUCAUGCCACCACCGGUCGUGGUGGUGAAGCGGACUCCGGGGAGCACAAAGCCGUACAUGCUGCUUCCACCUGAAGCAGCGAUGAACUUGCUGGGCCCUUCUCUUCGCGACCCAGUGCACGAGCGAUCUGUCGGCAGCGAACUUGAAAGGCAUACCGGUGGUCAGGAUUCCAGCGUACCAGGAGACACCGAUGCCCCUCACGGCUUAAUCGACACCGCUCCCAUUUCUUUGCCGUCGCCCUUGGUAGCGGCGCACUCUGUAUUGCCUACAACGGGGGCUGCGGCAGCGGCUGCAGCUGAUGUGAAGACGGUAUCGCACGUGCACAAGUUCCUGCAGGCCAUUAAGGGCGAAUUUCCGCUUCACGGCACGGCUCGAGGUGCCGGCGUCAGCCCGGCGUCCAACAAGCGCUCACCGCAAGCAGCGAGGGGUGCUGCCGGGCUUACAGUGCGUACUGAGCUGGACCAGCUGCAGGAGGAUGCUCGUGAGCUCUUCAUGAUGGACCCUGUGCGAUACGACACCGUGAUUUCGGAGCUCAUGAAGCAGGUGACCCACACGCUGCAGCAGGAGUUUGCCCCCAAAACAUCCUCAUCGCAACCGACUGCAAGAGGGACGGGUAGGGUGGCGGCAGAUGCAGCGCAGACCGUUUCACCCAGUAGCCCUUUGCCAGCGUUGGACGCUGGAGAGUCUCCAGCAGGGGACGCUACCGAUGCCCUGACUGGUUCAGCCGCUACCGCGACACCAGCAUCCCUGGCGCAGGCGAGGGAUUUCCGCACCUCCUUGUUGGUGCCGUCAAUGCUGGUGCCGUUUGAAGCGCCAGCGGAGGACGGGAAUGCGCGGGGCCGUGGCCUGCGCGCGUCACAGCUGCAUCUCAGCAGCGUCAUCGAAAAAAAGCGAGGCAGCCGUACUGACGGUGCGGUUGGUGGUGUGUCGGUGGUGUCGCCGCUGUUGUCGCAUGCUGUGUCGAGAUCGACACCGAACCGUCUCUUUCAAGCAGCAGCGGCGGCGGCGACACCAGGGGACGUUGAUGCAGGUGCCGAUCAGCUGUUUUUUUCAACGGCGUCUGUCCCGCCCCAGCCAGGGGCGCAGCGGCGUGAGACGCACGCUCUUGUCAUGAAGGACGGCGCCACUGACCAGGCAGCGGGGGAUUGCCGUGCAUCUUACGCAGACGCAGCCGCCGAGGUGGAGCGAAUUCUCUACGAACAGAUGAAGGCCCAGCUGUUGCUGCGAGCCAUCAUUUCCAAGAUGAAGGAGUUGUGGCAGACAAAGCAGCAGCACGCCGAAGCGAGGCACCGCGAGCGUCUCGCCAACCGCAAACAGCGUCUGAUGAAGCGUGCCUUGGCUGCCACUUGGCCACUGGAGCGCCAGCGCAUGAUUCAUCUGCACAAGCUGAUUUACCUGCUUGAUCGUCAGGUCGGCCGCGUGCAUGGUUGGCUGCCGCACUACUCCGACUCUAAUGUACUAAUAGACGUGCUGCCUCGUGGGCCGCUAUCUCGCAACCCAGGCUGCGCAACACUCCCUGCUGUGUUGACCGGCACUCAUGCAUGCCUCGCGUCGUGGUAUCGGCAGCGGGACCAGAUCAAGCUCGACGCCGCGCAGGAUGUCGAUGGCGUCUCCGCGGGACACGUAUGCCCACGGUAUCUUCACUAUCUUCCACAGCGCCGCAUGUACCACUACAUGCGCCUGGCAAAGGAGCGGCGCAUGCUUCCGCUUCGACUCGUCCGCGCUGAUAUCCACCUGAGCCACAACCGGCACCUCCUCCUCGGCUACGAGAAGGUUGCCCUGGAGGGCGGGGGAGAGAACAAGGCCAACAGGGGCGAGGGCAGAAGGUUGGAUGGCUGGCCGCAGCGAAGGCUGCCACGGUGCCGUCGCGGCCAGCCAAACGGUUACGCUCCUCCUUUCCGAGAAAACCGGUACGAAGACAUGCAAACGCACGGAGAGCGUGAGCGCUACCGUCGGCGUCUGCAGCGCACCGCGGCCUUCCAGAGCGUUUCGAAGAUGUACUCACCACGAAUGCAGCAGGAUGCCGAUCUGCCUUUCUCUGCCCACUGA